AUGGGAGACGCACAAGUCCCGGUCAAUGCGGUUCCUAGCACGGAUGCUAUGACGGCCGUCGAUUUGCAUCAUCUUAUCACUCAAUUUUGUCAGCGGCCUGAUCCGGCGGACAUGAUGGCGCCUAAUGCGCAUGCAUUGCCUGGCAGCUCCGCGCAGCGCGAGCAUGCUCUUCUCGAGCUGAGCAAAAAGCGCGAGCAGUACGAGGAUCUCGCUCUCGUACUUUGGAACAGUUUUGGUGUGAUGCCUUCGCUUCUCCAAGAGAUUAUCUCCGUGUACCCGCUUCUUUCUCCUCCUGUCCUCACGGCUCACGCUUCUAAUCGCGUUUGCAACGUCUUGGCCCUCUUACAAUGUGUGGCAAGCCACAAUGAUACUCGUGGUCCUUUUCUGCAGGCGCAUAUUCCGUUGUUCCUGUACCCAUUCUUGAAUACAACCUCCAAGUCGCGUCCCUUUGAGUACCUCCGCUUGACUUCCCUGGGCGUCAUUGGUGCCCUCGUGAAGCAAAAUGACAAAUCGGAUGUCAUAACAUUCCUUCUAUCUACAGAAAUCAUUCCUCUUUGCCUGCGUAUCAUGGAGACAGGCUCCGAGCUCUCGAAGACAGUGGCCAUCUUCAUUGUGCAAAAGAUUUUGCUCGACGACUUGGGUCUGAACUAUAUCUGCCAGACGUACGAGCGUUUUUAUGCUGUAGGAACAGUCCUGAGCAAUAUGGUGGCGCAGAUCGUCGAGAGUCAAGCGAUUCGCCUACUGAAGCACGUCGUGCGGUGUUACUUGCGACUGAGUGACAACCCAAGGGCUCGUGAGGCGCUACGUUCUUGUCUCCCAACACCGUUGCGUGACGCAACCUUCUCACAACUUCUGAAAAAUGACCACAUCACCAAGCGCUGUCUCGCUACAUUGCUGCUGAACUUAUCGGAUCGUCCCGAACAGUAA